AUGUUUUCUUUUAAUAUAUAUUUUAAAAAAUGUUUGGGUGUCAAAUCAGAAAUAAAAUAUCAAAAAUGGUGCCGAUAUUAUAACACAGGAGAAUAUUCAUCAAAUGUUAGUCGUAUAUUUAAUAACAUAAAUGAUAAAUUAAAAAAAAAUAAUAAUAAAUCGAUUGAAUAUGAAAAAUGUGAUAAGGUUGUGAUAAAGGAUAUAAAAGAUAUAUACAAACAAUAUGAAAGUGUAAUAAAAAAAAUAAAUUUUAGUAAAAUGAUGGGUAGAGAUUUAUCUUAUUGUAUGAAUAUAUUAUCAAAAAUAAACUAUUUUAAAGAGCACAUUUUUUGGAUAAAAUGUGCAAAUAGAUUAACUAAAGGUUUUAUGAUACAUAGAAUAAAUACACAAAGUUAUUAUAUUAUUUCUAAUGCAUUAAGUAAAGGAACUGUGUUAUAUGAUAAGGAUAUAAAUAUUGGAGAUGAGGUUAGUAAAUUUGAAGAAAUUGAAAAUGGAAAAAUGGAAAAAAAAAUAAAGAAUAUAAUUGAAGGUCCCAAAUUUUGUCGCAUAAACUUUGAUGGAACAGUGAAAUUAAAUAAAAGAGAAGACAAAACAAAUUUAGAUAAAAAAAAUAAUAGUAAUAUAAAAAAGUAUCAUAAAAUAUAUGAAGAAAUAUCAAUACGAUUUUUGUACGAUGUGAAACGAAUGAAUAUAGAUGAAAUAAGUUGUAUAUUGAAUUUAUUUUCCAAAUUAAAUUUGAAUGAAUAUAAUUUAUUAUCAUAUUAUUUUUCGGAUUAUUUUGUUAUGAGUUUUUUAAAAAAUAAAAUAAAUUUUGAAAAAUAUACCAACUUAUGUUAUAGUGAAAUAAAUCGAGAAGAUGUAGAAAAAAAACCAAAUAUAUGUUUUGUAGAAAAAUAUGAUAUAUCAAAGUUAAUAAUUAUUUUACAUUCUUUGGUUAAUUCUCAUGUUACACAUGUAGAAUUUCUAUAUAUUUGUUGUUAUUAUUUUAAUAAAAAUUUUGAAUAUUUAAAUAAUAUUGAUAUAUGCAAUAUAUUAUAUAGCUUUGGGAAAAAUAGUGAUUGGUUGUUAAGAAAAAAAUAUCGAAAAUAUAUUUUUUUAAAACGAAUAACCGAUAAACAAUAUGUAUCAUAUAUUAAAAAUAUUGUGGAAGGUAUUAAAGAAUAUGGACAGUUUUAUAAUAAUAAUAAUAAAAAAGAUGGGAGUGAAAAUUUAUGUUAUAUUGAAAAAUUAUAUUUCAAUAAUGAAAAGAUAGAUAUUGGAAAUUCAUUAUGUUCUAUUAACAAGAUAUAUGAAAAAGGAGAAAUAUAUUAUUCGUCACUUUUAACAAAAAUAUUAAAACAUAUACAAAAAGAAAAAGUCUUGAAUAAAUUUAGCUGUAUCCAAAUAUCAUCAAUAGUAUUAUCACUUAUAAAAUUAAAAAUAAAUUCGUUAAAUAUUUUUCACAGUUUUAAUUAUAAAGUUAUUGAAAUGUGGAAAGAAUUUUCUUUAAGAUGCAUUGCUGAUUAUUUAUAUUCAAAGUAUGAAAUAAAUUUGAGUAAUGAUUAUGUUCUUUUUUUAUUAUUUUAUAAAUUUGUUCAAAUCAUUUUUCAUAAAUAUAUGGAAGAGUUUGAAAAAAUAUAUCCCAAACAUGAUAAUCAUAUUAAUAGUAUAAAACAAAGUAAAGAAGGUAUAUAUUUUUUUCAAAAAAAUUAUAAAAAAAUAAAAAUAUUAAAUACUAGAGAUUCUUUACUAAUAGUUAGAAUAUUUCAGUCUUUUUCCAAAGGUGAUACAAAAAAUAGUUUAUUGAAUGAUCAGAAUUUCAAAAGUUGCUAUGAUUAUUUAUACUGUCUUGAAUAUGUGUUUAUGUUAUAUAAAAAUAAAGAAAAUGAAAGACAAUUAAAAGGGUCGGUUUUUAUUGAAAACAAAUUUAAUACGAAUGAUGAUGAUGAUGAUAAUAGAAAUAAUAAAGGAGAAUAUUUUUGGAGAGAGUUAGAAUCAACAAACAAUUCAUCUAUUCCCUUACUUAACAAUUUUGAUAAAAAAUAUGAGGCAGUUAAAAGACUAACAUUUAGAACAUUGUGUCUUUCUCUUUUUCAGCAUUUGGAUAAUUUUCCAUUUGAAUAUAAAUGUUUAAUUUCUUAUUUUUCAAUAAAUAUUUCAGAUUAUUUUUAUCUGGUAAAUUACGAAGGUGAUGAAAAAAAAUUAAAUGAUCAUUUUUUGUUUUGUGAAAAUAGUAAAAAAAAAAAAGAUUCUAGUUAUUAUAUAAACAAAAAUGUCAAAAUGAAUCAUUGUCACAAGGAAAAAGUACCAUACUUCGAAGUAUCGCGUUUGUGUAGAUCUUUUAGUUCAAGAAUGUUGUUUCAUGUUUUAAACGAAAUGAAAUGUGAGACAUUAAAUGAAGUUACACUUAGACAAAUAUAUACAUGUAUAUUAUGCUUAUAUUUGAACAUAAUUAAUAUAUGGGAUAUAGCAAAAAUAAAAUUAAAAAAUGACAAAAAAAAAUAUUUAUUAUUACUUGGUAAUGUAAUUUUACAAGAGGAAUGCAAAAGUGAUUUAAAAUAUUUAAAUUUUUAUAAGAAAAAAAUCAAUACCAUUUUAAUGAACACAAAUAAAAUGCCUGAUUUCACAAUUUUUCAUUUUAUUUCAUUAAAUAUUCUUAAAAAAAUUGUCAUAUUUUUGGAUAAAGCAAUGGAAAAAAAUUAUCAACAAAAUGAAAUAUCUAUAAGUUCAAAAAUGCACAAUGACAUAUCGAAUUUUUUACGGAUAUUCAUCAGUAAUAUGAAUGAGAAACGCGAGAAAAAAAUAAAGCAAAGGAAUGAGAUUGUAGUGGGGCCAUUUGUCUUAGAUUGUAUUUUAGAAUAA